UGCGGUUGGCCAUCAUCCCAGCCGGAAAUGAUGUACGACGCGAUGUUGAUGAAACCUGAAACAUGUAACCGUGUCAUCCUCGUCGCAAUAGAUGCUUACGACGUGACAGUUUUUGUAACUGACAGCUUUUUUUAGAAGAAUAUUCUCGGACCGAAAAUGAAUCCUUCCACAAGAAGCGAAAGUGAUUGGCAGGGUCUGGUGAAUGAGUUCCUGGUAUGCAAGAGAAAGCUGGAGAGUAAGAAGGAGGCACUGCUGAUCUUAUCAAAAGAACUGGACACCUGCCAGCAGGAAAGGGAUCAGUUUAAACUGAUGGCAAACCAGCUCCGUGAACGCCACCAAGGGCUCAAGAAAAAGUACAGAGAGCUUAUAGAUGGCGACCCUUCUCUGCCUCCUGAAAAAAGAAACCAAGUCAAUAUGGCUCAGUUACUGAGAGACUCACGAGAACAGAACAAACAGCUGAGCGAGGAGAUGAAAGAACUGAAGCAACGUUUAGCGGAGGUGCAGGGCGAUAACAAGCUGCUGAGGAUGACCAUCGCAAAGCAGCGUCUAGGGGAUGAAGAGGUGGGGACUCGUCACUUUCCAGCCCAUGAGAGAGAAGAUCUUGUUCAGCAGUUAGAAAGAGCUCGAGAGCAGAAUGAAGCACUGGAACAAAGCUUAAAGGCUGCCACGGAUGAAUUACAGGACGUGAGAGCAGAGCGUAAUGUCUAUCAGGAGAAAGCUCACAGACUAAACCUGGAAAUUAACCACAUCUUGGGAAGCCACGAGAAUCGCAUCCUGGAUAUUGAUGCUCUGUGUAUGGAGAACAGAUAUCUGCAUGAGCGGCUGAUGCAGCUUCAGGAGGAGGUCACCCUCCUCAAAUCAAACGUCAUGAAGUACAAGAGUGCUUUGGAAAGCAAGAAGAACAGUAAAGUGUAUGGCAAGUCCAACAGCAGUGCUCUGACAGGAGUCCUCUCUGCUAAGCAAGUACAAGAGCUGUUGCUGUCAGAGGAGAAUGGCUGCAGUCUCCCGGUCACUUCGCAGUCCAUCAGUGACCUGAAGUCCCUGGCCACUGCUCUGCUGGAGACCAUUCAUGAGAAGAACAUGGUCAUUCAGCAUCAACGGCAAACCAACAAGAUCCUGGGUAACCGGGUUGCAGAACUUGAAAGAAAGUUGAAAACAUUAGAGGUGUCUGGGUUGUGGAGUCUGCCAGGCAUCACCUACAAUGUGUCUCUCGGACUAGGGAGAAGGAAAGCCGUUAUUGUCCUGAGUGACUCUCAGCAUGUCCAGUCCACCACAGAACAGUCAGUCCAUCUGACACCAGAGUCAAUGGGUGAGUUAGUACCUAGUGAACAAUAAUUGACACUUUACAUC